UCCUUGCUUCUUGGGCAGUUCAGGCACACCUUGGCGUAAAAACAGGAAAAUAGAGUAUAAUGUCGCCAGACCUCUCCAAGGAAGAGAAGUUGGACGUGGCCAACCAGGCCAGGGAAGAGGUGAAGCAGCUGCUGUCGGUCGCCAAGGGAGGCUCGGUCACCGGCGUAAGAAAAUUCGUCCAAGAGUAUCUCGCGAAACACUCCAAGUCGGAUCACCCACUCUCCGAAGCCGAUGUGCUAGGCAGCAUCCGCGACGGUAACGGGCGGACUGCGAUGCACUUCGCAGCCACCGGCGGAAGUGCCGAGGUGGUUGGCGAAAUCUUCGACAUGGCGCCCUCGGUCAUCAACUCUAAGGACGAUCACGGUCUUACUCCGCUUGCGCUGGCUCUCAUCACCGGGAGCCACGAGGCCGCCGCCAGGCUGGCGUCCCAGGGCGCCGACGUCAAUGCCGCAGAUACUCAGGGGGUCGCUCCCGCUCACCGUGCUGCCGGCCAUGGCGACUUAAGCGCGUUGGAACUGCUUUCCGGGAGCGGUGCAAAUUUCGAGACUCAGAGUGGCGCCGGAACGCCACUGCAUUGGGCAGCCGGGGAGGGAGAGUCGGAGAGUGUCCGGAAGCUGCUGUCGCUCGGAGCAACACCGGAUCCUCGAAACAAGCAAGGCCUUACCCCCCUGGUGAUGGCUGCGGCGCGGGGGUGCGGCUCGGCUGUGGUCCACCUCGUGGAGGCCGGCGCGGACCCGGGCCUCGUGCUUUCCGGCGGAGCGACCGUGCUGCACAUGACCGCGGACAUGGGCCUUGCAGAGGCAGUGGAAGCGAUCCUUGCCACCGCUGUAGGACGAAAGUGCGCCGCUCUGGCUGACUCCCAGGGCCGUGUACCCGCCCACCUGGCGGCGAUGUCUUCUCGAACAGACCUCGUGGAGACCCUCUUGCCUCACUCCGGGCUAGGACCGGACGUUGGGCUGGAGGUUGUGAUGGCGAGAGGGAAGGAGCUAUCAGAGGAGCACGAGGGGGAGCUCCGAGCCCAAGAGGCCUUGAAGAAGCCUUCGGGACCGGCCCCAGCGCAGGGCCUUGGGGAAGAGGGAAACACUUCGCCGGCCGAAACGCCGGAGCAGCGGGAAGCGGCGGUGGCAGCCAAGACGAGGGGAAACGACCUGCUGAAAGCGAAAGAUUUGGCUGGCGCCUUAGCAGCGUACUCUGAAGCGAUAGAGCUGGACGGUUCCGACGCCGCGUUCCGAAGCAACAGGAGCGCCGUGUUCAUGUCCAUGAAGGACUACGAGAAGGCGCUGGUCGAUGCCGAGGUGUGUCGGCGACUGAAACCAGAUUGGCCGAAGGCAUGCUACCGAAUGGCGGUCGCAAGACUCGCCUUGGGUCGAUUCGAAGACGCGGCUCUUGCGGCGUGGGAGGGUGUGCAGCUGGACAAUGACAACGCGCAACUUAAGUCACUCCUUCAAACAUGUGUCGAGAAGGGCCGGGCAACUCUUCACGGGCCCAAGUCAUGACAAAUAUGGCAAAAACCUCUUGAAUUUUCCCCUACCUUAGUGGUGUCUUGAGGGCAGAAGGUGGCACCAAAACGGUUGGUCCUGCUUUUCGCGGUGGACGGUAAAUCUGCUUGAUUGCUUUAUGUUGAAGGGGCUUGGAGUAGCACACCAGUCGGACCCUCGAGCACGAUUGGCGUCCACGUGUGUCUGUGCGUGUGAGAUGUAUGAGCGCUCGCGU